AUGUACUUUUGGAACCUCUUUGCAAGCUUCGUGUUUCGUUGCUUUAGUCUCCAGGGAAUAAUCAACUUUUACGAAAGCUGGACUUUUCGCACAUCGCGCGUGCUAUCAAUUAUACUCAGAAUCGGGGAGUGUUCCUACGCAACCUUUUUCGACAGUUGCGUUCAGGAGCAACUGGUUUCAGUAGACGAGCCUUUAUCGUCGGCCGAAAUCGCCGACUGGGAGAACGCAUCUAUUGUUGGUCGUGAUCGAAGGCCAAGUCACUGCACCUUAUAUUCUUUCAGAACUGUGGACGAAUGUAUAUCUUUCUGGAAAGGUGGAGGCCUCUGGAAUGAGAGAAUUAAUUUAGCCAACGUUCAGAACCUGAAUGGCACGUGGAAGUUCAAGCUUCUGAAGAAUCCACGCGCCAUAUCUGAUGAAUUUACACUGUCAAACUUCUCAGACACGUUCUGGGCAGAGAUUCCAGUCCCUGCAAAUUGGCAAUGCAAAGGAUGGGAUCGACCUAUUUACACAAACUUUCAAUAUCCUUUUCCAUUGCAUCCACCAGUCGCGCGUACGUCUAUUAAGCUAGGUAUUGAUGCUGGUGUUCUGUGUGAAAACUGCGUGCACGCGACAAAUCCGACGGGCCUGUACAGGCGAACCUUCCAGCUAGAUAUGGACUGGAAUGAAUCAUAUGAAAGGACUUUCAUCGUGUUUGAGGGGGUCGAUGCAGCGUUUCAUAUAUGGAUCAAUGGUCAACUUGUCGGUUACUCUCAAGAUAGCAAAAUGACCGCCGAAUUCGACGUAUCAGAUUCUUUGCAAAGCGGGACUAACUUGGUGGUGGUCCGCGUUUAUCGAUGGUGCGAUGGUAGUUACUUAGAGGAUCAAGAUCAAUGGUGGCUCAGUGGAAUAUUCAGAGAUGUUUAUUUGUAUCGUAAAAGAGCGUCACAUAUCUGCGAUUACUCCGUGCAGACAGAGUGUUGUGAUUGGCAGUCAGGCACAUGGGAGCUUCGAGUUGGGAUUGAAAUUUGUGACACCGCCAAUGCGUACUUCAACAAUGACAAUAAACGUCUUCGUGUUCGUCUUUUUGAUUCUUCCUUACGUGAAAUAUCUACUGGAACUACGGACAAGUUUCUUAUCCAACACUAUUCACCUGAUUUUGGUACAACGCAAGAAAAAAACAUAGAGGAAGUUAGGCAAUAUGCAAAUGUAUGCUUCAACAUAAGCAACGUGGCAGAAUGGUCGUCUGAGCGUCCAACGCUUUAUCUACUUGCCAUUAUUUUGGAGAGUGAAUCUGGAGAGUGUUUAGACUGCGAAGGGUGCAGAGUAGGCUUUCGAACUGUCCAGAUUUUCAACAAACAACUAUUAGUGAACGAAAAACGAAUCACUUUUCAAGGAGUAAAUAGACAUGAACACUGCCCUGUAGAGGGAAAGGCGGUAUCGGAGAAGCUCAUGAUAGAGGACAUUUUGCUGAUGAAACGUAACAAUUUCAACGCAGUGCGCACUUCACAUUAUCCGAAUCAUCCGAGGUUUUAUGAGUUGUGUGAUGAAUACGGAUUGUACGUUAUUGAUGAGGCCAAUAUUGAGACACAUGGGUUUGAGUUUGGCUUACAUUCGACGCCAUAUCUAGCAAAUGAUCCUGUAUGGAGAAAUGCAUACAUGUCCAGAGUAUCACGCAUGGUACAACGCGACAAAAAUCAUUGCUCUAUCAUUAUUUGGUCACUUGGCAAUGAGUCAGGUUGUGGCGGCGCUCACUUUGCUAUGUAUUCAUGGGUAAAACAAAAUGACAAAACCCGUCCAAUUCAAUAUGAAGGUGGUGGCUUCAAGACAAAGUGCACCGAUAUUAUUUGUCCCAUGUAUGCAACACCUAAGAUUUGCCAAGAUCUUGCAUCACAGAUGGAUGAUCGACCAGUCAUUUUGUGUGAGUAUUCUCAUGCCAUGGGAAAUAGCAAUGGUGGUCUCGCCAAAUAUUGGGAAGUGUUUCGGAGCAACCGUAGUGCGCAAGGAGGGUUCAUAUGGGACCUUAUCGAUCAAGGAUUAAACUGUUCAACAAAUGGGCGAAUUCAUUGGGGCUAUGGCGGAGAUUUUGGAGAUUCACCAAACGAUAAGCAGUUUUGUAUCAACGGGUUGGUCUUCCCAGACCGUUCGCCUCAUCCUGCCAUGGAAGAAGUGAAGUAUCUCCAACAACCUACGAUGAUACGCGCACAAGGAGAUAAGAUUAUCGUUGAAAAUCGAUAUCACUUUACAAAUCUCGAGUGUAUGAAGUUCGACUGGUGCGUGAUUCUCGAUAGUGGCUUCAUACUUAAGAAAGGCCAAUUUAGCAAACUUCACAUUCAACCGGGAGCAGAAACUUCUUACGAAUGGUCCCAGUUAUUCCCAUCACUAUCAUCUCUCGCGCAGCUUGUCCAGAGGAAGCAGUUUGUGUUUGGAGAAUGGUGGAUUGACGUAUCGGCUUCGUUCAUCAAACAUCAGUCUUGGAUACCUGAAGGUGUGAGUAUUGCAAAGUGUCAGCUUAUGUUGCCGCAACAAAAAGUCCCUGUUCCGGGAAGCUUGAACAGUGAAGCUGCAAUUCAUAUAGAGCAUUUGAGUGAUGCGAUUUGGGUCACUUCGCAAGACAGCACAUAUGUUUUCAAUGCAGCUUCCGGUAGAUUAUUGAAGUUUCAAUUUCGCGGCGAAAUGUUGAUUCAAUCAGGCCCGAUAGCGAGUUUAUGGCGAGCUCCAACAGACAAUGACAGUGGUGGUUGGAUUUUUUCUUUUGCCGAGCGAUGGGCCAAAGCAGGACUGGAUACUUUGCAUGAGCACGAAGAAGCUGUCGAAACUUUCGUAGACAACUUCGGAAGAUUUCAUUGUGCUAGUAAGCUUGUGCUUCGAACUGCUCAAAAGAAAACUGUAUGUCGUCUUUGCUCUCAUUACACGGUCUUGGCGUCUGGUCAUCUAAAUGUUACUUGCACAUUCGAUUUAUCACCUCAUUUACCACCUCUUCCUCGAAUUGGAGUUCUGAUGCAAUGUCGAGCAACCAUGCAACAAGUUGAGUGGCUUGGACUUGGUCCACAUGAAAAUUAUUUAGAUAGAAAGUCCUCUGCGUUUCUGGGUCGCCACUCCGCAACUGUUGACGAUCUUCAUGUUCCAUAUAUAGUACCAAGUGAUAAUGGUGCUCGCCAAGAAGUGCGCUGGCUGGCUUUAGAAUCUUCCGCAAGCGGAAAUAAGUGCUUGUUCACGAGCAAGGAGAAUUUCAAUUUCAAUGCGUCAAAUUUCUCUGACGCUGAACUGGCGCGAGCCAACCACCAGCACGAUCUUCAGCGAAGUGACAGUAUUCACGUACAUUUAGAUACAUUCCAAAUGGGUUUAGGAGGAGACUGCAGUUGGUUUCCAUGUGUGCACUCUGAAUUUCUUGCACCUGCUCGGAAGCGUUUCACUUUUACUUUUGUCAUCGCAGGAGUUGGAGGAAACGAAAACCCAAGUGAUGUUUUUCAAGAAUUGCGAUUUUCGCGUGACACAGUCGAACUCACUUCAUCGUGA